AUGGCGUCCGCCGGACCUUCUAAUUCCCGGAACAAACAGUCAGGAAACCAGGAACCAUCCGGCUCCUCCACCUCAACGCGACCUUCCGAUCAAACCGUUUCCCGAUCAACGCUCGCCACUUCCCGAGCCAAUGCCGCACUCUCACAGACAAUCUCGGGAAUUUCUGCAACUGGACGAUCGAUCUCCUCGUUGAUGUCGUCAGGAUUCGCACAGCCAAGGCAUAGGAUCAUGGAGCUGCUUCAUACUUUUGACGUUUCUGGAUUGGCCUCUUCUGCUCGCCACUCUCUCACAACCACCAGCAGCAUUGUCUUUUCGCCAUUGACGGUCCAGGCAGUGAAGGGCGAUCUGACUGGCAUCGCCACGCUCACUGGACUUUCGGGUAUGGCGCCGCAUCUGAUGGCCAGCCAGUAUUUGAAACGAGCCACUGCUAACGCUCAGGCAUUGGCACUGACCGGAGCCAUUCAGGCGACACCUGCAUCUGCUGAUCAAUUGCUGUCAGAAGACAUUCCAGAGGCUGGAGCCCGAGUCUCACUUUUCCAAGGGUUCAAAGCAUCAUACCCGGGACACAAGAGCGGACGACGAGGCAAGAACCACCAGCGGAGGCGGAAGAACGGCUUCGGAGAAGUCGGCGAAGAUGAUCCCAACAAGCUCUUUUCGUCACUUUUGAGCGAGCGUGAACGAACAAUCAAGGAGCAAGUGAAGCUUCAAACACAAAAGACUGUGAUUCAAUCCGAGUUGGACCAAAUUGCCGCUUCGAUCGAAACCCUCCAGGCCAAGCAGACCAACCUCGGGUUCAAGCUGAGCAAGUUGGCUGAGCGCGAGGAUGACCUUGCUGAUACAUUGGGCGACCUGAAUGACAAGCUGGCUUCGAUCUCUGAAGGAAACAAGACUGGGGAUGGACAACCCUUGCAAUUGGAGUACAGGGAUGAAACCCGGGACUCAGGAACCUGCAUGCACACCUUCUACGGACACGACGGGGUUGUUACCAGCCUCGAUCUGAACGGCCCAUACGGUACCUUGGUUACGGCUUCGCGGGACAAUACAACUCGCGUCUGGGACUUGUCGACGUUCAAGUGCCUCGGUCAAUUGCCCGGACACGAAGACACUGUCGAGUGCCUCCAACUGACCCAACAUACGCUGGUGACUGGCUCUCGCGAUAACACCAUCCGGACCUGGAAUAUUGCAGAUCUAAGCCACAACCAACAUUCCCGCUCGUCUUCACCCACCCCAUCGGAUUCCAGCUACAGCUCCAACCACAUCAACGGAAAGUUUACGGAUACUGACGGCGAUGACUAUUCGCGGUCCUCGAGAGAGGUGGUCACUGUUCUUGAUAACUGCUGGACUGGAACCCUUACUGGCCAUACUGGAAAUGUCACCUGUCUCUACUUUGAGGAUGAUAAGCUGCUCUCUGGAUCAAAUGACAAGACUAUCAAGGAGUGGGAUCUUGAGACUGGUCAGUGUGUCUUGACUAUGGAUCUGCUCUGGGCAAUGGGAACCUCCAACUCGUGGUCGGAUUGGAUGACCGAGACAGAGGAUCAGAGCUAUGUCGGAGGACUUCAAUUCUGGCAGUACGCUCUUUGCAGUGGAACCAUUGAUGGCGCCAUUCGCAUGUGGGAUCUUAGGACGGGUCAAUCGCAUAGAACUCUUGCUGGCCAUACCGGACCUGUCACUACUCUGCAGUUCGAUGACUAUCAUGUCGUCAGUGGAAGCGUUGACAGAAGCGUGCGGAUAUGGGAUCUCAGGACUGGUGCCAUUCAAGAGAUCUUGCAAUAUGAGGAUCCAGUGCGGAGCCUCCAGUUCGAUACAUCAAAGAUCAUUGUCGGAUCAGGAGAGAGUGUCAAGAUCUACGACAGGGUUUCACAACAGCACUCGUACUACACUGGACACACAAACAAAGUCGAAAGUGUCCGUUUCAAUGACUCUUUACUUGUGUCAGGAGGCCAAGACUCGACGGUCAGACUCUGGAGUCGGUAA